AUGCCAGGUGGCAAAUACGUACGAGUCAUCGCUAAUGCUCACGAUGUCUGUGACAAUGAAGAGAGAGACCCAGAGGAAGAGUUCAUUGAGUCAGACGGAGAGGAACUCAAUGUGUCUUAUUCGAGAAAGAAGAAUGUAAAUGAAAACUUACUUCAUAGACCAGAACGUAUGGAGAAGGCAGUAUUUACAACGUCGAACCAACAAGAGCAACAGUUGAGUGAUGUAACAGUUCCUCCAUGGCUUACUCCGCGAGUCGAAUUGUCACAGGGUUCGAACAAUCUGGAAACCCAUGAUUCUUCCCAAGUAUAUCCACCAGUAAAUUGUGAACUGAAUGGUGUCGGUUCAAAUCAAAUUUUUGAGAUUGCUACGGAUUUGAACAAUGUCAGCAUCAAUAAACGGGCCAAACUGUUAUACCUUCUCUUGGGUGAUGAACUACAGGGUUUAGUCACGGCUGCUAAGCUAUGCCCAAGUUUCCUUGAUUCACAAUGUUACUCAACUUUAACGCAGAAUAUUAGCACAUAUCUGCGAUCACUAGUUGAUACAACAGCUGAACACGAAGAGUUCACUCGUCUCAAGCAGGAGUCUAACGAGUCUGUUGUAACAUUUUAUGCAAGAGUCGUAGAAAAGGCUGGUAUGUGUGGCUAUGGCAAUGAUGAGAAUAGGUUUAUCCGUUCUCAGAUACUACAGGGAAUGAGCAACCGAGACGUUGCCAAUGCGGCAAGAACGUAUAACCAUGACACCCAAUCUGUUAUUCAAGCAGCUACACGAGCUGAAGCAUUCAACAUCAAUGCGGGUCCCUCCAAGGUGGUUGGUAUAAUGGAAGUUACUAGUAAACCAAGUAAACAACAAUCAGAACAGAAGAGAUUUUCAUCAGGUGGAUGGAACGUACAAGAUCGGGGAUUUUCAAAUGGCCCGCCGAACAAUCGUAAAUAUUCCUACAAUAAAUUUGUCGGGAAACGCAACCGGUGCUUCCGAUGUGAUUGUCCCAAGCAUAAUGGGAAGCAGUGUCCAGCUUUAUUUAAGAACUGUAACACGUGCAACGAGCGUGGCCAUUUUUCUGCCACAUGUCGCAAGAGACGGGUAAACAGUCUUGGUUCUUCAAUAGAAGUUGAUGAAUCCAUACAUAAUAAACAGAUGGUUAAUUCACUAUCCCUUUCUGAUGUUCUACUGAACUGUUAUGUCGGUUCAUCAAAACCGAUAUCAUUCUUGAUAGAUUCGGGUGCAGAUGUCAAUGUGAUCGGGGGUAGCGAUUGGGAAAGUUUAGAGAUGCAGGUCAGAUAUGGGUCCGCAAACCUCGAGUUUACUGAAUGUACAGUUCACCCUGAUCUUCGAGCGUAUGCUGCUGAUCUGCCGAUGUCAGUCACGAAGAUUUUUUGGGCAAAAGUAGAAGUCGAAGGUCUGAAUAAACCGGUUGUUCGAGCAAAGUUUUUGGUAAUUCCAAAGGGUCGUAGGUCAUUACUGGGCCGAGAAACCGCUAGUGAUUUGAAAUUAUUACUAAUUGGACAAGCUGUCAACUGUUCAGAACAAAGUGAAGAUGUUAAAAUUUUUCCAAAGGUUCCGGGAAUCAAAGUCAAAUUUAGUAUUGAUAGAACUGUACCACCAGUACGAAACGCUUAUUUCAAUGUUCCCGCUGCGUUCAGAGAAGCAGCUAAAGUGAGGCUCGAGGAGAUGGAAGCUAGAGGUAUUAUAGAGAAAGUCACGACUGCUCCAGAAUGGAUUAGCGGUAUGUCAGCCGUUCCAAAAGGCAAGGACGACUUUAGAUUAGUGGUAAAUAUGCGUGCGCCGAACAAGGCAAUUAAAAGGGAAUAUUUUCGGCUGCCACUGUUGAAUGAAAUGAAGACAAAAUUGCACGGAGCUAGAUACUUUACUAAACUGGAUUUAACAAGUGCAUACUAUCACCUGGAGUUAAGUCAGGAGUCGAGGGAAUUAACCACCUUUCUUGCGGAACGCGGGAUGUAUCGUUUUACGCGACUCAUGUUCGGGGUUAACUGUGCCCCCGAAAUUUUUCAGCGAGAAAUGACUCGCAUAUUGGAAGGGAUCUUCAAUGUUAUCGUUUAUAUUGACGAUAUACUGAUAUUCGCAGACACUUUGGAACACUUAAGGAAGACGGUUGCCAACGUCCUCAAAGCACUUAGAGCAAACAAUCUAACGCUGAAUACAGAUAAAUGUGAAUUUGACCGAGAACGAAUCAAAUUCCUUGGUCAUGAACUGGAUAAAAAUGGUUUCCACGUCGACGAUGCUAAAGUUGCUAAUAUCCGAAACUUCCGCGAGCCUUCAACCGUAUCUGAGCUUCGAAGUUUUCUUGGAUUGGCGUCCUUCGUGAGUUCCUAUAUCAAGAACUUUGCUGAUUUGACGAGUCCAUUGUGGAAAGUAGCUACCUCCCAUACAUGGCAAUGGGGCCCAGAUCAGACUAAAGCAUUUGAAGAUACUAAAAACAUGAUAUCAAAUUCUACGAUUGCGUUGGGAUAUUUUUCAGGAAGCGAUAGAACAGUGCUCUAUACCGACGCUUCUCCAGUUGCGCUAGGAGCAGUGCUUACGCAAGAAGGUAACGAUGGAACUAAGAGAAUAAUCAGUUUUGCGUCUAAAGCGCUGACAUCUACAGAGAAAAAGUAUGCGCAGAACCAGAGAGAAGCGCUGGGUGCUGUAUGGGCGGUGGAGUAUUUUUCAUUCUUCCUGCUUGGAAGACACUUCAUCCUACAAACAGAUGCAAGAGGUGUCAGUUUUAUCCUCAAUAGAUCCCGGGAGGAUUCAAAGAGAGCACUAACUAGAGCGGACGGGUGGGCUCUGCGACUGAGUCCAUAUAGCUAUGAGGUGGAAUUCAUUCGUGGGAGAGAUAAUAUUGCUGAUCCGUCAUCACGUCUUUACGGAGGAGUUGCUGAACCAUUCAAUGAAGAUGUAAGCCCAUGGGAGAUCGCUUGCCUUGAAGCAAACAGCGUGAGUUUUUUGACAGAAGACGAGAUUUGUGAGGCUACAGAACAGGAUGAAACGUUGAAAAAAGUAUUAAACGCUUUGAAAUAUGGGGAAUGGCCGAAAGAACUGAACAGAUUCAUUUCAGUAAGAAACGAGCUUUGCAUUAGAAACAGAAUUAUUUUGAAAGGAGGUCGAGCUGUAAUCCCGGAGUCACUACAAGAGAAAGCAUUAAGCGUAGCUCACGAAGGACAUCCGUUAGCUGCAAAACUGAAGUCUAUUUUAAGAGAGCGUGUAUGGUGGCCAGGUGUGGCCGGAGAUGCUGAGAUGUGGGUUAAGGCCUGUCGGUCAUGCGCGGUCAAUGGAAAACCGGAAAAGCCCACUCCAAUGAUGCGCACCAUAAUCCCGAAGACUGCCUGGGAAACUAUCGCACUUGAUUUUAAUGGGCCUUAUGCCAAGUUCGGAAGCAUCUACAUACUGGUGAUUGUCGAUUAUCGUUCGAGGUACAUAAUAGCUCGUCCUGUGAAAUCCACCAGUUUCGAACACACAAAAAAAGUGCUCGAGGAAAUCUUCGAAAGGGAAGGUUUUCCGGAUAGUAUGAAGAGUGAUAACGGACCUCCGUUCAAUGGAGAGGACUAUAGUCGAUUCUGCCAUGAAAGAGGUAUCAAAACUAUUUUUUCAACACCUAACUUUCCUCAACAAAAUGGUAUGGUUGAGAACUAUAUGAAGAUCAUCAAUAAAUCCAUGGCCGUAGCUGCCGCUAUGGGGUUGGACUAUAACGCAGAGUUGCAAGCUGCUGUUCAUGCUCACAAUGCAGCCUCCCACACUAUUACGAAAGUUCCACCAGAGGAAAUCAUGUGUGGAAGAAGGAUUAAACGCGGGCUGCCGCUAUUCAAUCGGGGGAUACCGGAUAACGACAACAGUGAAAUCAACGAGAGGGAUCGAAAAAUGAAGCUGAAAUCCAAAGAACGUGAGGACAACCGCCGUGGUGCUCGAAACUGCCAAUUGAAGCCUGGAGAUAAUGUAAUAAUACAGCGUCAGCAACGAGCCAAAGGCGAUUCGAGGUUUGGUACACAGCGCUAUACCAUUCUGGAAGAAAGAAAUGGAUGUCUAAUACUCUGUGACGACGAGGGACGUACUAUUAAACGUCACGUAUCUCAGACCAAAAAAGUUUUCGAAUGGCGCGAUCAAUCAGCUUUAAAAGAUGCUUCAGAGCAGGGCCACACAAAUGAUAAACGGAUUCCACGAUCUGUGAGGAAUAAAAAAGUCCCUAACCACCUAAAAGACUUCGUACGCAUAGUUGGUGAUAGAUAA